AUGUUCAGGGUACAUAACAGCAAUAAUUUUCUUCCGAUGAGCGUCGAUGCGCCUAACAGAGUUACAGAGCUGGAAGAUACCACUCUAAAUUCUGCGCAAGAUGGACCAUCAUCAGUCCCAGCUUCGUCAUUGCCUUCGUCAUCACCAAUUGUUCUCGCACAAUUCCCACUGGACGUUUUGCUCUCGAUCCUAGACUAUCUGCCAAAGUCCAGCAUCAUUUCUCUGGCCAUGACUCACAAGGCCCUUUACAAUGCAGUGCACCUUCUUUUCCAGGAAGGAAAGCUAGCCUUUGAGCGUCAAGAUAUUGUCGACUUCAUAAGGGCUCUGCAAAGAGAUUCCCCCAACACCUAUAUCUGUGCUGCAUGCAAUAAACUAUGCCCCUUGAACCCCAACGGCACAUGGGGAGACCAAAGCCACCAAGAUUGCAGCGCCUCCUCCUACUGGGCCUGGUGGGACUGGUGUUCGGCUCAAAGGCGGUAUUCAAAUGCGGACAUCAGGUCACUCCUCUGGCAUCCCGCUUCGAGGGAGGCCAAACUCGCCUUCAUGGACGCGUACCUGGUUAUGGACCGGCAUUUCCUUGGCAGUCGAUACGGAUUGCCGUUGCGGAACCUGGAACGACACGCUGCGUUCGAAAAAUACAUCGUUUUGAAUAACGAUAUGGAUUUUGGCCAAAUUGAUUGGGAUGACGAUGAUGAGAUGGCGCGAAGGCGACAGUCUCUGAACCUCUUCAACCAAGGUGUUUUCGACCAAGGGCUAGGGCCAAACGAAGCCAGCUUGUGGAAGCCUUGGAGGUUCUCCUUUGACUACGUCCCCAAAAUCAUCAACGACGAACUCUUUAUUGGCAGGUUCAACAGGAUUGACGGACCUUUGGUGUCUUUCGAACAGUUUGCAGCCCUCCUGGGCAGCAUCCACCUACCAAUCUGUCACCACCUGGAAAUUGUGUCGGAGCCGUACGGCGACAUCCUCAUCCAGCACACCGACGAGCCGAUGAACCACCUAUACGCCGUGAUUGACAAAGAGACUGAUGUGCUAUAUGGUUCAUGCCCAGACUGCUUCGCGGACUACGACUUUUCUGUGAAAAGAGUCGAGGACCAGCAGGAGUGGAGUGUGAGGCUUUCCACGUACCAUCGUCUCGGGGCCUGUCGCUCUCCAUACGAUCCUAAAUGGAGUCGUCUUCACCAUGACUACUCGACAAGGGUCCAGGAUUCUUUUGAGAACUUGAUAGAUCUUGAUUUAUUCCCCGGCGGAGAGGCGGAGCGGCAGUGGUACGCAAGACUCGAUCAGGAAUUUGCCGCCAGAAACCUUGGCAGCCUCGAAUGA